AUGGCCGCUAAGUUCGUCAUCUUCGCCGCUUGCGUGGCUACCGCCCUCGCUCAAUACUCUGCCCCUGCUUACAAGCCAGCGUACUCUGCACCAGCUUACUCAGCGCCAAAAGCUUACGCCCCAGAGCCCGCAUACGCACCAACACCAUACAAAUUCGAAUACAGCGUAAACGACCCACACACCUACGACGUGCACAGCCAAUCCGAAUACAGUGACGGAAACGGUUACGUCAAGGGAACCUACAGCCUCGUUGAAGCCGAUGGCUCAAUCCGCACCGUCGAAUACACCGCCGAUGACCACAGCGGUUUCAACGCCGUCGUCAAGAACGAAGGUGGAUACAAGGCUCCAUCAUACUCCGCACCAGCCUACAAGCCAGCUUACUCAGCACCAGCUUACUCUGCACUAGCAUACUCUGCACCAGCAUACUCUGCACCAGCAUACUCUGCCCCGGCCUACAAGCCAGCUUACAAACCAGCAUACUAA